AACCCUAACCGUAACCUUCCAAUAGCGAUUUGAAAAGGAAGAAAGAAAAAGCUUUAAAGGAGCACCAUGCGCCUACAUCCCUUCCCCUCUUCCCCCUCUUCUUUCUCUCUUAUUUUGCCAAGCACAAAUAAAACCUAAAGAUGGAUUAGGUGACCUAUUACCCUUUAGGAACUUCUCAUAGGAGGGGUGGUGGAGUUGGGCUUUUAAACCCUUUCCCAUCAUUAAAUAAGAUCCUUCCAUAAGCCUUAUCGAAUUAGUUAGGUUCCUAACAUCUUAGAUAGGUGGUGACUCCCAAUUAAACCCUAGGCCUAGGGGGUUCCUAAACAAUUUCUUAAACGUUUAAUUCUUUAUUUCAUCCAUCUAUUUAAGGUCACAUUAUUUAUGCUGGUGAAUCUUCUUCAUGCCAUGAUACUUGAUGAUUCCAUGUCCACAUUCUAUACUUUUUCUGCUAAUUGUUUCCUGGAUCCAUGCCACUGCAGGACAUCAGUAGGGGACCUAAGAAGUCUCAGAUUAAUCACAGCCAUCAAAACCCCAUAUUUGCCUGAUGGGAGAUUUGAUAUUGUAGCUUAUGACUCGCUAAUGCAUAUGCAAAUUGUUAAUGGUGCUGAAGGUGUGAUAGUAGGAGGAACAACAGGAGAAGGCCACCUCAUGAAUCGGGAUGAACACAUAAUGCUCAUUGGACAUACACUUAAUUGCUUUGGCACAUCAAUUAGAGUUAUAGGGAAUGCUGGAAGCAACUCAACAAAAGAGGCAAUCCGUGCAACUGAACAAGGGUUUGCUGUGGGCAUGCACGCAUCCCUUCAUAUCAAUCCUUAUUAUGGAAAGACAUCUGUGCAAGGACUAGUCUCACAUUUUCAGAGUGUCCUUUCUGUGGGUCCUGCAAUAAUCUAUAACGUGCCAUCUAGGACUGAACAAGACAUACCUCCUCUGGUUCAUGCAAUCUCACAAAAUCCCAACAUGGUGGGUGUUAAGGAAAGCUUUGGAAAUGACCGGAUUAAAAACUAUGUCAACAAAGGGGUACCAGUUUGGAGUGGUGAUGAUGAUCAGUGUCAUGAGGCUAGGUGGUUGUGUGGGGCUACUGGAGUUAUAUCUGUUGCUAGUAACCUUCUUCCACGUUUAAUGCAUGCACUCAUGUUCCAGGGCGCUAACCAUUCAUUGAAUUCCAAGCUGAUGCCACUGUUCAACUGGCUGUCUCAUGAGCCAAAUCCAAUUGGUCUCAAUACAGCUUUGGCUCAGCUGGGGGUGGUGAGACCCAUUUUCCGGUUGCCUUAUGUUCCACUUCCUCGUGAAAGAAGAAUAGAAUUUGUCCGUAUCGUUCAGGCAAUUGGGCGAGAGAAUUUUGUAGGAGAAAAAGAAGUACAAGUUCUUGAGGAUCAUGAAUUUAUAUUGUUGAGUCGACAUUAGCACACUUCACUGUCCUGUAGCUUUAUGGCAUUGAAAUUGCGGCAUCAUAACUUAAUAAUUUUCAGGAAUUUCACAAUCUCUCAGAACCAAAAGAGUAUGGGGAAACUACCAAUAAGUUCUCAACAUGAGCAACAUCUUUUGUUUGCUGUUUAAUAGUUUUAGGCACUAUCUCUUGGUAGCUGCUCUUCAACAACCUGGGACAGUAACAGAGCAGCAAUAUACUACAAUAAUUCUACUCAGUGCUGGAAAAUUCUUUUGUGCUCUUUCACAUAGAAAACCUAGAAGAGUAAUUCUGAAGACUGUCAAUCAAUCUUAUGCUCUUGCACCAAAAAAUCUUCAAUCAUAUAACUUUGUCAGCCUUUGCUGUCCUAUCGUGUUCUUCCCCCCAGUAUCAAAUGCAUGCAACGAUCAGAAGUACAACCAAUGGCACUGUGGAUUUUUGGGCUGAUUCGCAUCACAUUCAAGUUAUUAUGACUCUGAAGCUGUUGUUUCUUAUUAGUAGUGAUGUGAGCCAAAGGAAUAGUGAUUUGUACAGAUUGAAGUGUACAGAUUUUGGCUGCUAACGUCGGCAUGGGGCUGAUGCUCUCACUGAAACUCUAAGUCUUUGCAGCUGUACUCAUCCUUUCUGCAAUCAUUUUGUUCAACGGGCUUGCGUCGAUAAGUGGGUCGUGAUUUUGCAAUCAAGAAAUGGAUGCAUUCCACGUACCUCCUUCCUUUUAAGUGCUAAAUCUUUAUGCUAUUCCUGAUGAAUUGGAUGACAUAUAUGUUCAUCAGAUACGUGAUUUCAUUUUCUUUUACUAGUUAUUAACCAUUUUCUUGUUUCUUACUAGUUCAAAAUCUAAAGGCAAAAGGGGAUAGCCCAUCCAGAAAAAUGCAGUUGCAUUGGAAUAUGCGAAUCCAUGGAUAAACUGCUUGAAUCCAAGUUUGAACUACUUCAAAGUACUAACUUCUAAGCCUUGAACUGCUUCAAAUCCCCCCAAGCAAGGGCAAAAAAUAUAGCUUUUCUUUUGGAACAGUGCUUUGAUAGUAAGUUGAUUUGUUGAUUCAAUUAAAGCAGAAAAAAUAUCAAAACUUGGAUCUUCUAAAUUGCCACCAGAUGAGACUUUGAAACCUCAAGACUAAUUGCUGGGGACGCAACGUGCCGGUUACUGGGCCCAUUCGUCUCUUCAAUCAAUAGUUGUUAAUCUUGCGGCAUGGUGGAAGGAACAAUAAGCAUUUUCCACUCGUAGAUCGGUGGAAAGCCAGCAGUUAGACUAGUAGUUGUUCCCAGUACUGAGAAAUUAGGUCGAUAGACUGAAGGCAACGGAAGAUGGAGAAAAUUCACUUGAAACACUUUAAUAAAUUAGAGACUAUCAAAUUGAAACAGUUUGCCUUCAACUGUUGCUCCCAAAUGGCAGGAUGAAAUUUUUUAGGGGAAAAAGGUUGUGCGUGGCUUCAAGCAGCUGACCUCAGGCGGCAAAGAGGAAAGCUUAGGACAUACCAUAUUCGAUCAAUGGAGAUAUUACCAUGUCGCACUACUAACCUACAGUUGUUUCGACAUGUAGCUAUUGCUGUGGUUGUGAUAUGGUGUAAACAAUCGCUAUCCUAUCGAGUCCAUUUCCAAAGCCAAUAACACUGAAAUGGAUCGGCGGAUUAUGAUUUUACUUGUACCCAAAUCUUUAAAUUAUUCGAUCUUGGUAAUACAUGGAAAUACUUUGUUUCCGGCCUAAGCUGUUCAUGUCUUAAUGAUCUCAAAUUGUUCUCUUCAUUGGUAGACAUUACAAAGUUUAGUUGAUCAUCCUAUGCUAGGUAGUAACUGCGAAACAUGCUGGCCUUAUUCAUUACCUGUAAUUCACUUGAAAAUUCGUUUGGCCAAGUAGUUCUUUUGUGUAUGGUCUUCUUGCCCUAGCUAGCUAGAUACCAAUUUGCAUGAUUGAAAGAAUGUCCAAGAAGCAGCACUUCU